AUGGCUAUAUCAGAAGAGGUGAAUAAGCUUAUGAAAGCUGAUUUCAUCCAAGAGGUUCAUUAUCCCGACUGGUUGGCCAAUGUUGUUUUGGUAAAAAAGGCCAAUGGAAAAUGGAGGUUAUGCGUAGACUUUACCGAUUUAAAUAAGGCAUGCCCCAAAGACAGUUUCCCUCUGCCAAGAAUUGAUAUGUUGGUAGAAGGGACAGCUGACCAUGAGCUGCUCAGUUUUAUGGAUGCAUACUCGGGGUAUAACCAAAUCUCAAUGCACACACCAGACAGAGAGAAGACCUCUUUCAUCACAAAUAGAGGUUUAUAUUGCUAUAAGGAAACGUUCCAAGUCCUCAGGAAACACCAGAUGAAGCUCAACCCAAGUAAAUGUGCCUUCGGAGUCUCCUCUGGGAAAUUCCUCGGUUACAUGGUAAGUAGAAGAGGGAUAGAAGCUAACCUUGAGAAGGUUCAGGCGAUUCUCAACAUGCAGUCUCCAGCAUCGACCAAGGAACUUCAAAGAUUGACAGGAAGGAUCGCAGCUCUGAACAGGUUGAUUUCCAGGGCGACCGAUAGGUGUUUGCCUUUUUUCCGUGUACUCAGGAAAGCUUUUUCAUGGACCCCUGAGUGCGAGCAAGCUUUUACAGGGCUAAAGGAGUAUCUCACUUCACCACCAUUAUUGUCGCGGGCGAUGCAAGGAGAACAAUUGUAUUUGUACUUGGCGGUUUCUCCGUCGGCAGUAAGCUCGGCCUUAGUCCGCGAAGAGGAUGGAAACCAGAAACCGGUAUAUUAUACUAGCCGUGCAUUCAGGGGGCGGAAGAAAGCCUUAAAAGCCCAGGUACUAGUAGAUGUUAUAGCGGAAUUCACACCAGAAGAUGGGCCUGAGCAUGCUGCAAAUGAGCAGGAAGAAACCGAAUCUACUUGGACGUUAUAUGUGGAUGGGUCCGUCAAUGCCCGUGCAAGUGGGGUAGGGUUAGUAAUUAUCUCCCCGAAUGGGGAAUACAUCAAAUAUGCACUCAGUUUUGGUUUUAAAGCAACCAACAAUGAGGCAGAGUAUGAAGCCCUCUUAGCAAGCCUCAGGAUGGCGAAAGCUUUGGAAGUUGAACGACUAAUAGCAUAUACUGAUUCUCAACUAAUAAUUGGACAAGUCCAGAGGGAAUAUGAAGCCAAGGAUGAGAAGAUGAAGACUUAUUUACAUAAGAUAGAGGAUAUUAAGGAGAAUGAGCAGGCAGACGCCCUAGCUCGACUGGCAACCACAGAGGAAGAUAAAGCCAUACCUGUGGGAUAUUUGGAUGAGCCUAGCACGGUCUGGGAUUGGCCACAGAAAAUACACCAGGUGGCCCAUGGUAUGGAGUGGGCAGAACCCAUUAUCAGGUACAUUGAGAAUGAAGAGUUACCCCAGGACCGCAUGGAAGCACGAAAGAUCAGGAUGCGUGCGGCAAAAUAUUCCCUCAUUGAUGAGGUUCUCUACAAGAAGGGAUUUUCUCUACCCUACUUGCGUUGUGUCUCCAUUAAUGGGUUCGGAGCACCAAGGGUAAUUGUGACCGAUAAUGGGAAGCGGUUUGAAAGUGAGCAGUUCCUCGAUUUUUGUAAUGAACUUAGGAUCAAAGUUCAUUUCUCCUCUCCUGCCCAUCACCAAGCCAAUGGGCAAGUUGAGGUUACGAAUAGGACAAUAUUGAAGAUGAUCAAGACACGCCUAGAAAAGGCCAAGGGCUUGUGGCCUGAACAACUACCCGGAGUUUUAUGGGCUUAUCGCACUACCGUAAGAACCCCCACUGGGGAGAACCCUUUUGGGUUAGCUUUUGGAAGUGAAGCUGUGAUCCCGGUAGAAACAAAGGUUGCUACCUCAGAACCAAGGAUUUUGAACCUCAACAGAAUAAGGUGA